CUCCCACCGACACCGACGCCGACAUCACUCGAGAGCAACGCUACAGCCAGCAUUGCAACAGAAAUGCAGACAUUUGCCCAGCAGAUCGCCUGAGCGGAUCGCUUUGCUGCGGACGUGUGAUUGGCAUCGAAACCUGUGCGCGAUAACUGGCGACGACAUCACCGGCAGGAGAAAAGCUCCACUGUGUGUUCUCACCUUUUCCUCAGCUGUACAGCUCCAAACUCACCUCCAAUGAGCACUUAAGCCUUCAGAACCGUCAUGUCCACGCCGCAGACGCUCACGCAGACGCUGCCACCGCACCAGCAUCUGGACCACCGCCAGCGGUAUUUGCCCUCACCUCAGGACCGCUACCUCCCCCCACCGAGGCCCUCCAGCAACGUCAGCGGAGGCUAUCACCAGAAUAUUCCCACCAGACCCUCGAGCAACCUUUCCAAUCGCCAAUUACCACCUCCACCUCGCGCUGAAAGCGGCAUCAGCGCUGCGGCAUAUUCUCACCCACAGGGCCAGUCACGAGGGGGAGCAGAGUUCGCUCACAGCAACGGCACAACCCAACACGUCAGUUACGACGAGCUCAGGCGGACGGAGAGCCAGUCAACGCAAUACCAUAGGACUCUGCCUCCACCGCUUCCACCGCUUCCACCGCAGCACGCUCCUUCGACGUCACGUGCAUCGGCUGCUGCAGGUGCCGAGAUGCCCUCUCAAGCCAAUGCUGCAUACAGCAACAGCAACAGCACCCAAUAUCGAUCAGGCUCUGCCGAGCGAGGUAGAAAGCGACGGGCAAAGCCGCCGGUAGACUGGGUUGCUUUCUUUGGCGGCAAACCUCCAGCCGAAAUUAUUGAAAUUCAUGACGACGACAGCCCAGCCCCUUCUGCUACGGUCCAUCGCGCGCCGCCGCAGACGAACGGCUCAUCGACAUCUCAGCAUGCCGACAAGAGGCGAAGAGUGAACGGCGGGAGUGGAGACGUCCCGCAGUACAGCACGACCAACACGCCCUACUCACAUACAAAUGGCACAUCCACAGAAAGCUUACAAGCGACAACAGCGCCCACUUCGCUGGGUUCACAAGCAAGUAGUGGCGCAAGCAUGCCCACUGCGCAGACUGGUCAGAAGCGGAAACGAGAGACUAAGUCAAGGACGACCGACUCGGAGCGCAAAAAACAAGAGGUUACUCGCCCAGGGGCGCCUAGGGGCUAUCUCGCCGAAUAUGGCGAAUAUCAGACACCUCCGCGACAUCUCAAGAAGCAGAAGGAUGUGGUAGUACCGGCGAUCCACGAACGUGAGAAGUUCAAAGAGAAAGUUGACGAUGAAGACGGCCACUACAUCGUGCACGAGAACAGCCGACUCGGCGAGCGAUACAAUCUAAUUUCACUUCUUGGCCAAGGCACAUUCGGCAAGGUCGUCCGGGCAGUCGACAUUCGGUCGCGGAAAGAGGUCGCGGUAAAGAUCAUCCGUGCUGUCCCAAAGUAUCGUGAUGCUAGUCGCAUCGAGCUUCGGGUUCUCCAAACUCUGCGAGCUGCAGACGAGCACAAUCGAAACCGUUGCAUUCAACUUCGAGACUGCUUCGACUGGAGAGGCCAUAUCUGCAUCGUCACACCACUUCUUGGUCUGUCCGUCUUCGACUUUCUCAAAAGCGGCGGCUUUGUGCCCUUCCCUGGCUCUCACAUUCAAGCAUUUGCUCGACAGCUUCUUGGGUCCAUUGCAUUUCUGCAUGAUCUCAACCUGAUUCACACGGAUCUGAAGCCGGAGAACAUCCUGCUACUCAACCACACUUAUCAGACCUUCACAUAUAACCGCAACAUCCCAUCGUCAAGCACACUGACACAGCGAUCCGCCAAGUUCCGAAGAGUGCUACUCAGUCCACAGAUCAACCUGAUCGACUUCGGAAGUGCGACGUUUGAUGAUGAAUAUCAUAGCUCGGUGGUCAGCACCAGACAUUACCGAGCUCCAGAAAUCAUACUUGGGAUCGGAUGGUCACACCCGAUAGAUCUGUGGUCGCUUGGAUGCAUUUUGGUCGAGUGUUGGACUGGCGAUGCACUGUUCCAGACCCACGACUGCUGCGAGCAUCUGGGCAUGAUGGAGGCUGUCACGGGAAAUAGCAUCGAUCGCCAUCUCAUUCGUGAAGUGAACCGACUGUCCAAGCGCAACGACCGCAACUCGGCUGCGAGAUUCUUCAAGAAUGGACAUCUACAGUACCCCAUGCCGGACACGCCCCGCCAGUCUAGGAAAUUUGUGCGUGGUAUGAGACGGCUUGAGGAGAUCAUCCCACAGACAACCAACUUCAAUCGCCUCUUCUUGGACCUGCUUAGGCGAAUCUUCGUGUAUGAUCCGAAGAAGCGUAUCACGGCUCGCGAGGCUUUGAAGCACCCUUGGUUCGACGAACUAGUGGAGGAUGAUGGCACGGAAGCGACACGAAUCCGUAUCGAACGAGAUCGGCUGAGCGAAGUCAGCGGAGGACGUUCUCGAUAGUACAUAUGACGCUGCAUGCAGUAAGGCAGCUUGGAUUGAAUGAUGGGAUGAUGGCAUUUGUGGAGGGUUGACAUCUUGGAACGACCGGAAUGGUCUAAAUCCUUUGCUUUGAGCCUAUUCUGAAUUGACGUCUGUCUUUAGACAGACAUGAGGCGAAAGCAUUGCAUGCUAGGCGGCAAGUGGCAUAGGUGAGGCGUUAGCAAAUCAUUUGAUCUGGUUGUGGCAUCUUAGAAGCUACCUCAUCGUUCUCACAGCGAAGGCUGAGCAAUGGCUGUUUUGCAUAGCACAUGGAAAUUCCGAGGAGACUUUUGUC